GUUUUUUGAGACAGGUCUUGUCACGUAGUCCAGGAUGGCAUCAAACUCACUAUGUGGCCCAGGCUAACCUUGAACUCAUGGUGAUCCUCUUGCCUCAGCCUCCCAAGGGCUAGGGUUAUAGGUCUGUGCCACCAUACCCAGCAGGCCAAUGACUUUUAGAGGACAUACGAGAGGUAACCAGGAGAUCAGUUGGAAGUCAAGGACCUUAGCAUCCUGAGCCAUUUUAUUGCCUUCAAGACUGACCUGGUCAGAGGUCAUCAUGCUGAAGUUAAAAAGCUCGGAGUCGGUCCGGGUGGUGGUUCGCUGUCGGCCCAUGAAUAGCAAGGAAAAGGCUGCUUCCUAUGACAAGGUGGUGGAUGUGGACGUGAAGCUGGGCCAGGUAUCUGUGAAGAACCCCAAAGGUACAGCCCAUGAAAUGCCCAAGACCUUCACCUUUGAUGCAGUCUACGACUGGAACGCCAAGCAGUUUGAGCUCUACGAUGAGACGUUCCGACCACUCGUAGACUCUGUGCUGCAAGGUUUCAAUGGGACAAUUUUUGCCUAUGGACAAACUGGGACUGGGAAAACCUACACGAUGGAAGGGGUCCGUGGGGACCCUGAAAAAAGAGGAGUCAUCCCCAACUCAUUUGACCACAUUUUCACCCACAUCUCUCGAUCCCAAAAUCAGCAGUAUCUGGUCAGGGCUUCUUACUUAGAGAUCUACCAGGAGGAGAUCCGAGACCUGCUCUCAAAGGACCAGACCAAAAGGCUUGAACUUAAAGAGAGGCCCGACACUGGGUUGUAUGUAAAAGACCUGUCCUCUUUUGUCACCAAGAGUGUGAAGGAGAUAGAGCACGUGAUGAAUGUAGGCAACCAGAACCGCUCAGUUGGUGCCACCAACAUGAAUGAGCACAGCUCCCGUUCUCAUGCAAUCUUCGUCAUCACCAUCGAGUGCAGCGAGGUGGGCCUCGACGGUGAGAACCACAUCCGCGUAGGGAAACUGAACCUUGUAGAUCUGGCUGGCAGUGAACGGCAAGCCAAGACCGGUGCACAGGGAGAAAGACUGAAGGAAGCAACCAAGAUCAACCUCUCCCUUUCAGCCUUGGGGAAUGUCAUCUCUGCCCUCGUGGACGGCAAGAGCACGCACAUUCCGUAUCGAGACUCAAAACUUACAAGGCUCCUCCAAGAUUCCCUUGGUGGCAAUGCCAAGACUGUGAUGGUGGCCAAUGUAGGGCCUGCCUCUUACAAUGUAGAGGAGACUCUGACCACCCUAAGAUACGCUAACCGUGCCAAAAACAUUAAGAACAAGCCAAGGGUCAAUGAGGACCCAAAAGAUGCCCUCCUUCGAGAAUUCCAGGAAGAAAUUGCUCGGCUUAAAGCCCAGCUAGAAAAACGGUCCAUUGGCAGAAGGAAGAGGCGAGAGAAGCGGAGGGAAGGUGGUGGCAGUGGCGGGGGUGGGGAAGAGGAGGAGGAGGAGGGAGAAGAGGGUGAGGAGGAAGGGGAUGAUAAGGAUGAUUACUGGCGGGAACAGCAAGAAAAACUGGAGAUUGAGAAGCGGGCCAUUGUGGAGGACCACAGUUUGGUUGCAGAGGAGAAGAUGAGGUUGUUGAAGGAGAAGGAGAGAAAGAUGGAGGACCUGCGGCGAGAGAAGGAUGCUGCUGAGAUGCUGGGUGCCAAAAUCAAGGCUAUGGAAAGUAAACUACUCGUUGGAGGAAAAAAUAUAGUAGAUCAUACAAAUGAACAGCAGAAAAUCCUGGAGCAGAAACGGCAAGAAAUUGCAGAACAGAAACGUCGAGAGAGAGAAAUCCAGCAACAGAUGGAAAGUCGAGAUGAGGAGACCUUGGAACUUAAAGAGACUUAUAGCUCACUGCAGCAAGAAGUGGACAUCAAGACCAAAAAACUCAAAAAGCUCUUCUCCAAGCUUCAGGCGGUGAAGGCUGAGAUCCAUGACCUCCAAGAAGAGCACAUCAAGGAGCGCCAGGAGCUGGAGCAGACGCAGAAUGAGCUCACCCGCGAGCUGAAGCUCAAGCAUCUUAUCAUAGAAAACUUUAUUCCUCUGGAAGAAAAGAAUAAAAGUAUGAACAGAUCCUUCUUUGAUGAAGAGGAAGAUCAUUGGAAAUUACAUCCUAUAACUAGACUGGAGAAUCAGCAGAUGAUGAAGCGGCCAGUCUCAGCUGUUGGCUAUAAGAGACCACUGAGUCAGCAUGCAAGAAUGUCCAUGAUGAUUCGUCCAGAGUCCCGAUACCGGGCAGAAAACACAAUGCUCUUAGAACUGGAUAUGCCCAGCCGGACAACAAGAAACUACGAGGGCCCCACCAUCGCCCCUAAGGUCCAGGCUGCAUUGGAUGCAGCUCUGCAGGAUGAAGACGAGAUACAGGUGGAUGCAUCAUUAUUUGAAAGCACUGCAAUUAAGAAAUCCAAGGCCAGGCCUAAAAGUGGAAGGAAGUCCGGAUCCUCCUCCUCAUCCUCCUCAGGAACUCCUGCAUCUCAGCUGUAUCCACAGUCUCGGGGGCUGGUUCCCAAGUAAAGCUGGGGCUCCUCUCCCAGGGCGUGAACAGCAGUGUUGCCUUCUGAGGGAAGAGAUCAGCACGAAGCUGCAGAGAGGACUCGAGCAGGACUCAGAACUGUUCCCCUGAGAAGCAGUGGCCUCUGCAGAUUAACCAACCUAAUCUGGUCCAACAUGCUGGUCCUAAUCUGGCACUCGGCUCCUCUGGGAAAUGUCCUUUAAAUAGCAUCUCAGAAAUGCAUGGGUAAGGUAAAGUGCGAUAGUCCUAGAGGACAGCAAGAGAAUGACCGUGACCUUGCUUCCAUUCCCCCUUGCCUUCUUUCGAGUCCCGCCUUCUUUUCUUUCCUCUCCUUUUCUAGUCUGUUCUUCACAUUGGGCUCCCUUUUUGUUGAACAGUGGGGCAGAAUCAAGGGUCCCCUUAGCAGGACUGUGUUUUCGGAGCCUCAGGAUAAAGUGACAGUAAGGUUGAAAAGUGAAAACCCUAGAACUUGAAUAGGACCUGAUCCCGUAGCGAGAAAUGAGGAAUCUUAUUUGCAUCUAAUCCCAGAAGGACACUAUCAGCAGCUUCUCAGUAAGAAGUGGAUCUGCUGAAUGAGGAACUCUCUUCCCGUUUCUGCUCCUGAAGGAUUCAGUGUCAGAAGCAGUAGAAAUAUCAUUCCCUUUGCCUCCUUAGAGAGUUUAGGGAAAUCACUUCUUUCAGACCUCAAAACCAUAACCAUCCUGUCAAACCUAAGUCUGAAAGCCAGUGCCAUGUCCAUCUACUGUGUCACUUUAUUGUUCUUCAUUUGUCAUCAUCUUUCCCUAUGCAUGCAUAUCUGAGCAUCCUUGUGUAAGCCUGUCCUCUGCCUCUAGCGUGUGCUUUAGAGUGGGUCUGUUUUGUGGGAGAAGGGAGGCUGGCUCUGCCUUCUCUAAUGGUACUAGAGUUAGGGGAAGGCAACACAUAGUGACUCUUUAAUUCCCCAUUUUGUUUCAUACUGGCAGAAAGAGCAGAAAAGUAGCUAGGCAGAGGCAGAGGCAGAGCUAGAGCCACGAGACUCGGCAGUGGGAAGGGCAUGCACACAGGUGGAAGCAAAGGAGUCUGGCUGCCUACAACAGUGAACUCACGAAUUCUCCCGCCGGGGCUCCCGCCAGGUGGACUGUAACCCCAUCCCCAGCUCAUACGUGUGUGAGCACAAUAUGACUGUGCCCUGUCCGUGUGUCCAUGUGUUUCUGUAAGAGAUGGAGACCAAGAGCUUGCCCAGUUUUAGAAAUAUGCUAAUGUGCA